AAUCAAGCUGGAUCAGAAAAGCAAACUGCGCUUAUCCAUAAUCCAAAAGAAUCGUCUAAUCCGUUCUCAUCAUAAUGUCCGUCGAAAAGAAAGUAGGGGCCUGCUUGAAGGCUGUACAAGAGGCAUGGAACGCUUCAAUGGCCGCUCAAGGACAUGACUGGCGGACCUUGCGGAAUCUGAGGCUAAUUCAAGCCCGACCGAACUUCUUACAAGCCAAGUUGACGAUCGAGAAGGAACAUUUGAACAAGUUCAAGACGUUACACGGAGGAGUGAUCAUGUCGUUGACGGACUCUAUGGCCUCCCUAGCUUUGACAACCUCCGGUCUACCUCCUCCGACCGGUGUGAGCGUCAACAUCUCUACUGAAUUCCUCCGACCGGGCGGGACCGAGGGUGAUGAGCUCGUAUUGGAGUCCGAAGUCCUCAAACUCGGUAAACAAUUAGCGACCACCCGGAUCAACUUUUACUCGUCCGAAUCAUCACCGCACGGUCGGAAGUUGCUCGCUUAUGGGAGUCAUACCAAGGCGGUCAAGGACGCCUGGGCAGCUGCUGGAGGGAAACUGGUCAAAUACUCCGAGGAUGGAGAGACCGUGAUCGAAUGAACCUCUAACAUAAUGUAACCCCUGACUCACAACAACAAUGCAUAUGUUUAGACAACGGGAC